CAUUACCAUACGAAAGUGCCGUCAUUGUCUGUGCUGCUGGCAGAAUACUCGUGGGUACUAGUGACUGUUGAAGCCCUGUUCGGGAACUGAUGCUGACAGCCGCGCGAUCGAUGCAAAGGUUACAUUUUAUCCUAGCAUGUUUACUACCCUGCUGAAAAAUGUUUACAAAAUGUGCAAAAUUAGAUUGACUGCUGUGGCUAUGUAGCAGGUGGCUGCUGGUGUAUGAAAGUUUGGGUUUUCGGAUUUACACGGACGCCCGUGUGUCUGCUUGAUCUCUUGGCUUGUAAAGUGGCUUAAUGAGUGUCCAAAGUAACAGUGGAAGUGGUGGUGGAAGUUUGGAGGCGACGCCAUCUUGGUCGCAGCAGCUAUCCUCGUCCCCAACGAUUUCUCAACAACACAUAACGGCGACCGCCAAGAAGGAAGGCCCCAUGGAGGAGCUGCACAGCCUGGACCCUCGCAGGCAGGAGCUUCUGGAGGCCAGGUUCAUGGGCGGUGUCAGCGGCAACACAGUAGGGAGCACCGGCAGCACCAGCGGGGGGGCCAAGGGUCUGGCCAACGAGUGCUCCAACAACAGCUAUGGCAGUUUGGGCUCCUCCAGUGACAAGGAGUCAGAGAACUCUGAUAUGAAGAGAGGGAGUUCUCCUGCAUACUCUACCCCUGAGAAGAAGCCCUCUGAGUCGUCCCGAGGAAGGAAAAGGAAAGCUGACACCCAUUCUGAGAGCAGCCAAGGGAAGACUUCCACACGGGGGCCCAAGAUCAGUGACUACUUUGAUUUCCAUGGGGGGAAUGGCUCCAGUCCAGUGAGGGCUCUACCACAGGUCCUCCGCUCACCGCAGAACUCACACCACGGAGCUCACUCUGCACCAGGCUCUAUCAUCCGACAGAACAGUUCCUCUCCCACCGGUCUGUGUUUUGGCGAUCCCCUGAUGAACUACAAAUCUUGCGCCAGCAAGUGUGUGCAGACGGAGUUGACAGGUCUGAAGCUGGCUGCUCUGGAGAGCAACAAGAGUCUGGACCUGGAGAAGAAAGAGGGACGCAUCGAUGACCUGCUCAGGGCUAACUGUGACCUGAGGCGACAGAUUGAUGAACAGCAGAAACUACUGGAGAAAUACAAGGAGAGACUGAACAAAUGCAUCACCAUGAGCAAGAAGCUGCUCAUCGAGAAGAGCACCCAGGAGAAACAGUCGUGCAGAGAGAAGAGCAUGCAGGACCGUCUGAGACUGGGUCACUUCACCACCGUAAGACAUGGAGCCUCCUACACUGAACAGUGGACCGACGGCUACGCAUUCCAGAACCUUGUCAAGCAGCAGGAGGGUAUCAACCAGCAGAGAGAGGAGAUAGAGCGUCAGAGGAAGCUGCUGGCCAAGAGGAAGCCCCCCAAUCCCUCCUCCCCCUCCCUCUCCCUAGCAACCACCUCUGAACCCAAACAACGCAAGACCAAGGUCGUCAACGGCAAUGACCCCGACCCCUUCCUCAAACCCUCCCUGCCCCAGAUGUUGACUCUGGCUGAGUAUCACGAACAGGAGGAGAUCUUCAAGCUUCGCCUGGGACACCUGAAGAAGGAGGAGGCUGAGAUCCAGGCAGAGCUGGAGCGGUUAGAGCGGGUGAGGAACCUCCACAUCAGAGAGCUGAAAAGGAUCAACAACGAGGACAGCUCAUCGUUUAAAGACCACCCCACUCUGAACGAGAGGUACCUGCUGCUGUAUCUGCUGGGCAGAGGAGGCUUCAGUGAGGUCUAUAAGGCCUUUGACCUGUUUGAGCAGCGCUACGCAGCCGUUAAAAUCCACCAGCUCAACAAGAACUGGAGAGAGGAGAAGAAGGAGAACUACCACAAACAUGCCUGUAGAGAGUAUCGGAUACACAAACAGCUGGACCAUCCCAGAAUAGUCAAACUCUACGACUACUUCUCCCUGGAUACAGACACGUUCUGUACGGUUUUAGAGUUCUGUGAGGGGAACGACCUGGACUUCUAUCUGAAACAGAACAAGCUGAUGUCCGAGAAGGAGGCGCGGUCCAUCGUCAUGCAGAUAGUCAACGCCCUGCGAUACCUCAACGAGAUCAAACCCCCCAUCAUACACUAUGACCUCAAACCAGGUAACAUCUUGCUGGUGGAUGGGACCGCGUGUGGCGAGAUAAAGAUCACAGACUUUGGGCUGUCUAAGAUCAUGGAUGAUGACAACUAUGGAGUGGAUGGCAUGGACCUCACCUCACAGGGAGCUGGCACAUACUGGUACCUUCCCCCAGAGUGUUUUGUGGUGGGCAAGGAGCCUCCUAAGAUCUCUAACAAGGUGGACGUCUGGUCGGUCGGGGUCAUCUUCUUCCAGUGCCUCUAUGGACGGAAGCCGUUUGGCCACAACCAGUCUCAGCAGGAUAUUCUUCAGGAGAACACCAUCCUCAAAGCCACUGAGGUUCAGUUCCCUGCCAAGCCCCAGGCCAGCACAGAGGCCAAGGCGUUUAUCCGACGCUGUCUGGCCUACCGUAAGGAGGAUCGAUUUGACGUUCACCAGCUGGGCACAGACACGUACCUUCUCCCUCACAUGAGACGCUCCAACUCCUCUGGCUCUCUUCAGCCCGCCUCCUCAAUCUCCUCCUACUGACGGGCUGAUGAACAUGACUGACAGGCCCACUGGCCAAUCCUGGAGCAGAAUUGAUCCGAAUAUGGGAAAUGGAGUGGCGUUGGGUAUUCUAAAUCGCCCGGCCACUGUGAAAGGAUCAGGAACGUGAAUUUGUUUGGCUGAAUGGAAUGAAAUGGAUUGCACGUUGUGAGACAUGGAAAGAGAUAGGAGGGGGGGGGGUGGGGCGGAAGUGGAUACACUUUCCACAUUGCCAAGUAGCUUUGCAGAAACGUUACUGUGUUGUGAACCUAGUUUUGAGUGAGAGGUGAGAAAGUUCUACCCAUUGUGCAUGCCAUUGGACAGGCUGUGCCUGUUGCCGUGAGGACUUAAUAGAGUGGGGCUAGGCCACAUCCCUUGCUUGUGCUGGACUGGGCUUUUAUUGGUAGAGCUGUUGUUAAUUGGAAUCCUCUCCAGCAACAUUUUAAACAGCCUCUCUGCAAGGGACAGAAUCCCAUUCACAAAUAUACCCCUAGUCUCUUCUAUAGAAGGUAGAGUUACUUUUGGGAUGUGGCUUAAGUCGCCAAAGCAGAUCAGUUGGUUUCACUGACCCACGUUAAACUUUACCAUUGGACUAAAUUGCACUCGAGAUGAUUUGGUUUCAUGGCCAUAGCUUCUUGAAAUUGUCCUGGACUUAACUAAGCUUCAGUCUCAGACUGUUGGCCAGAAGUAUGCCAUCUGAGUUCAUGAAGUCACAUUUUUAGAAUCAAUAAUUAAACCUACUCCUGGAUGAAUAUAAUCUGGCUGUGUGAAAGAGGUUGGUUUUGGCGUGUUCCAAUCCUCCAUGGAUCCAUCCCUCAAGGCGCUGAGUGUUAAGCUUGUUCAGGCAUGGAAGUCUGUUUUGUCAGAACAAAAUGUAACCAUAUGAGGAUCAACUGUAUCGUAAAGAUUGAUGUUUCCAUACAGGAAUCAUCUGGGGAAACUCAAUGUACAUUUCAUGUGUAGGAGUGACAUAUCUGCAGUCUGUCUGUACAGAGGGUCAACACACAGGAUUUACUGAACUCUCACCAGUGCCCGUUUGCACCUGUUUUCACAAAGAAAUAAAAGACAAACGCCUAGAAACAUGAAAUUAUUGAACCUCAUUUUUUUUGUUGUAAUAUUAUCAUUCUCGUAUUAUUUGUUUUACCUUCUGUUCACCUUUUAAUGUUUUAUAUUAUCUGUGGGAAAUAACAGGUGCAAACUUUGAGCACAUGCAAUGGUCUAGUACGUCCGACCGUUGGUUUCCCUCACGUCUCCUUGUUUGUGCUCCGAAAAGGCUUUUUUGUUGCUGCUAUGUAGAUGUCGCUUGUAGUUAGUUAAAAUCUGUAUGAUCUGCCUCAGGUACAGAUAGUGCAGACCUGUGUGAAGAGGAACACUCUAGGGCCCCUGAAGUGCAUAGCCUACUCUUCAGGGGCCCUACGAAGUGCUUCUGUAUGCCAGGUGAACCAAUAACUUUGAACUGUUUUACGACCGCAAUGUUUAUCGUCUGGAAACCAUGUGUCAUAUAUAUAUAUAAGUUGUAUGGAACUGUUCAUUUGUGAAGGAAAAGCCUAGGUUGAUCAGGCUCUGUUCUGUUCAGUAACACUUUGCUUGAACCUCAGUCAUAAGGCCUGCGUAACACUGACAUAUGAGGUGUCAUGAGUUAUUGCAGCUGGUUUUAGUCUAUGGUAUGGCACAGUCAUAUUGGUCAUCUACCGAAUGUAAAGUGCUCGAAGUAGAGUUGCCUAGUAUUCUUUAUAUUGGAAGACUGUGAGGAGCUUUCAACCGACAACACACGUAUGCUACAAAAGGGGUUUAUAUUGAACAUCAUGGCAGACUUAACAGAGGAGCCCACGCAGAUCAACGCCAUGUACUGUAAACUGGUUUUAUCACUGUCUUAUACACACAGCACAGAUACAUGUCAAAAUUGAAUGGAGGCAAUGUCAGGUCCUGUCAUUCAUAUGCAAUAAAGAUUGCCUUACAAGUCCAACUAAGGCCACCUUUGGUUUGUGCAUAUAUCUCUCACUCAACACACAUGUUUUAUGUAUAACUAGGGCCAGGAGUUCUUCCGGACCCAAGGUCAGAUAGUUGUCAGUUGUACCCGAUGAGAGAAUGGCAGACAGAUGCCAUUUGUCAAAAGGCUGAGAGACUGAAAAGGGCUUCACCAUGUUGCAUACGACCCUCUAUCCCACUGCUGGCUUGCUUCUGAAGGUAAGCAGGGUUGUUCCCUGGAUGGGAGACCAGGUGCUGCUGGAAGUGGUGUUGGGAGGGCCAGUAGGAGGCACCCUUUCCUCUACUCUAAAAACAAAUAUUCCAACGCCCCAGGGCAGUGAUUGGGAACAUUGCCCUGUGUAGGGUGCCGUCUUUCGGAUGGGACGUUAAACCGGUGUCCUGACUAAAUUCCCAAUCUGGCCCCCAUACCAUCACGGUCAUCCCCAGCUUACAAUUGGUCUCAUUCACCCCCCCUCUCCCCUGUAACUAUUCCCCGGGGUAUUACUGUAAAUGUGUUCUCAGUCAACUUACCUCGUAAAAUGAAGAUACCCUCGUCAAAUCUAAAUCAAAGUUGGUCACGUGCCGGAUACAACAGGUGUUGACUUUUUAUUAAUUUUAUCAGGGAAGACAUUGAGAUCUAGGUCGCUUUCAAGUGUGUCCUGCACAAUACAACACAAAUAUGCACUUUGUACACAAAAUAUACAUAUGUAUACUUCGUGCAUUCGGAAAGUAUUCAGACCUUUUCUAAAUUUAGUUAGGUUCCAGCCUUAUUGAACAACAACAUUCCCUCAUCACUACCCCAUAAUGACAAAGCAAAAAACAUUUUUCAGAAAUUGUAGCUAAUUUAUUAAAAAUAAUGAACUGAAGUAUCACAUUUACAUAAAUAUUCAGACCCUUUACUAAGUACUUUGUUUAAGCACCUUUUGGCAGCGAUCACAGCCUUGAGUCUUCUUGGGUAUGACGCUACAUGCUUGGCACACCUGUAUUUGGGGAGUUUCUCCCAUUCUCUGCAGAUCCUCUCAAGCUCUGUCAAGUUGGAUGGGGAACAACACUGAACAGCUAUUUUCAGGUUCCUCCAGAGAUGUUCGAUUGGCUUCAAGUCCGGGCUCUGGCUGUGCCACUCAAGGACAUUCUGAAACUUGUCCCAAAGCCACUUCUGCGUUGUCUUGGCUGUGUGCUUAGGGUUGUUGUCCUAUUGGAAGGUGAACCUUUUCCCAGUCAGUUUUUGAGCACUCUGAAGCAGGUUUUCAUCAAGGAUCUCUACUUUGUUCCGUUCAUCUUUCCCUCGAUCCUGACUAGUCUCCCAGUACAUGCCCCUGAAAAACAUUCUCACAGCAUGAUGCUACCACCACCAUGCUUCACCAUAGGGAUGGUGCCAGGUUUCCUCCAGACAUGAUGCUUGACAUUCAGGCCAAAGAGUUCAAUCUUGGUUCCAUCAGACCAGAGAAUCUUGUUUCUCAUGGUCUGAGAGUCUUUAGGUGCCUUUUGGCAAACACCAAGCGGGCUGUCAUGUGCCUUUUACUGAGGAGUGGCUUCCGUCUGGCCAUUCUACCAUAACUCUACUGAAUUUUUUUGUUCGACCUCAUGGCUUGGUUUCUGCUCUGACAUGCAGUGUCAACUGUGGGACCUUGUAUAGACAGGUGUGUGCCUUUUCCAAAUCAUGUCCAAUCAAUUGAAUUCACCGCAGGUGGACUGCAAUCAAGUUGCCGAAACGUCUCAAGAAUGAUGGAAACAAGAUGCACCUAAGCUCAAUUUCGAGUAUCAUACCAAAGGGUCUGAAUACUUAUGUAAAUAAGGUAUUUCUGUUUUUAUCAUUAUCAGUUUUAUCAGUUAUUUUAAUUUUUUUUUUUUUUGUUCAAAUCGUCUGUAUGUGACUUUGAGCUACAAAAUAAAUGUGGAUUCUUUCGGAAUGCUUA